UUUUAUUAGGAUUAAAAGUGCCAUUUUUUGCGACGAGCAAAUUUUGCAUUUGCGAGGCGGAGCGAAGCGAAGCCGAGCGGAUGCAAAAUUGCGAGUCAAAAACUGACUUUUAAUCCGAAUGAAACAUACUACUUUUUCGCCAGCCAAAAAGUAAAUCUCAAAAAUACAAAAUAUUGAUAACAAUAAUAUCGAGCAGAAAUGAAUCAAUCUGCAAAGUAGUCUGGUAUCCACGUCGUCAAGGCUUUUUUUGUUUGCUUACAUACCAUUGUUUUGUGAAAACGUUUGCAGUGUUAAUAAUGAAUCCUGAAGAAGAGUUACCUCCCGAUGUGCUAGAAGAAGCACAAAACGUGGUACUGAACUUGUUACCAACAAAAUCGCGCGAAGUGUAUGAGUGCGCGUAUACCCGCUUCAUCAAAUGGUGCGAAGGGAAAAAGAUUCAAACUUAUUCUGAGAACGUCCUAUUGGUAUAUUUUUCCGAAUUGGCUACAAAAAUGAAGUCAUCCACACUGUGGUCGCAGUAUUCCAUGGUGAAAGCAACUUUAAAUAUAAAAAAUGGCAUAGAAAUCGGAAAGUAUUCAAAAUUAAAAGCGUUUAUAAAGAAACAAGGAGAAGGAUACGUUCCAAAGAAAUCAAGGGUUUUAACUAAUGAACAAAUAGAAGUUUUCUUAGACACGGCUCCGGAUUUCAAAUUCCUGAUGAUGAAAAUUGUUGUAAUCUUUGGCGUUAGCGGAGCUUGUCGGUGUCACGAACUAUUACAAAUAAAAACUGAAGAUAUUGAAAAUAUUAAAGCAGGUUUAUUGGUAAAAAUUCCUGAUACCAAAACGAAAAAACCCAGAUCAUUUACGGUUAUGGGGGAAAAGUAUUUGAAAUUUUACGAAAAGUAUGUUGCGCUUCGUCCAAAAAUGUUUAAUGAAGGUCGGUUUUUUAUUAAAUAUGUCGACGGAAUGUGCCAUCGACAAGUAGUUGGCAUUCAAAAAUUAGUGGUGUACCCCAAGAAGUAGCCAAAUAUUUAAAGCUAGAAAACUUUAAAGAAUACAGCGGACAUUGCCUACGUCGGACUUCUGCCACGCUUUUUGUGGAUUCUGGCGGUGAUAUUACGUCCCUCAAGAGGCACGGUGGGUGGAAAUCUGACAGUGUAGCCGAAGGUUACAUAGAAGAGUCUCUUAAACACAAAAAAGAUGUAGCAAAAAAAAUUUUUCGUUUGGAAGAACCAGGUACAAGUAGUGAAACCACAAGUAAAAUACAUGAAGACGCAACGAAUAGGAAUGUGAGCGAAGUAAACCUAGAAGAAUCAGGUACAAGUAGUGGAACUACGAAUAGAAUGAUCACACGUGAAGACGGAAUAAGUAGGAAUGUGGGAGCAGUAAACCUGAAUUUUGUGACCAACCAGACAGCAGGAGCGGUAGAAGUGUUAGCGCAAAAUAUUAUUACUGACCGCAUGAAAAAUGAUAAUAGUGACGGAAAAUCUUUAAUCCAAAUCAAUCGCAGUUGUUCUUAUUGUACAUUCAAUAUUAAUUUUAAAAUUUAAAUAAUUAAUAACAAUGUAAGUUAAUAAUAAAAUUGGAAAAUAUUAAUAGCAUUUCAUUCUCAAAAUAAAACAAUUGAAAACUUUUUAAGGCUAGGAUUAAAAAAAAAAUUAAUGCUAGGAUUAAAAAGGCAAAAAUGACGUUGUUACUUUAGUAACGCAACUUUUUUUUACUCUCACAAAAACGUCAAGUUUUCCGUCCAAAAUUGACGUUAAAAGUGACAUCUUUU